AUGAUGUUACCAUGGAAACAAAUUGUUCUGCUAUCAAUCACUGGAUGCCUUGCAGCCUGUACAGAGGAUGUCAUAUUUCAAGGGCCAAGAUGGAAGACAGAGCCAAGUGACCUCAUUUUACCGAUCAACUCCCCAGACCAGCAGGCUACCAUCACGUGCGAGGCAGAAGGGAGCCCUCCUCCACAGUACAGAUGGUCACUAAACGGAACACUCAUUGAUCUGGGGAAUGACUACCGGCGUCACAUGUCUGGGGGCAGCCUGAUCAUUAGCAACCUGGACAAGGACCAAGACACCGGGGUGUACCAGUGCACAGCCUUCAAUACGUGGGGGUCCAUCCUCAGCCGCAGAGCCAGCCUCCAAUUUGCAUAUCUUGAAAACUUCAAAACUCAAACGGUGAGGAGUGCUGUCAACGUCCGUGAGGGCCAAGGUGUGGUUCUGUUAUGUGGACCACCUUCACAUUCUGGAGAGCUGACAUUUGCAUGGAUCUUCAAUGAAUACCCGCACUUUGUCCAACAAGACAGUCGUCGUUUCAUCUCUCAGGAGACCGGGAGUCUGUACAUCGCUAAAGUGGAGCCCUCAGAUGUUGGCAAUUACACCUGUGUGGUAAACAACACUGUCACAAGGGAGAAGGUACUCAGCUCCCCCACACCACUGGUCCUCAGAAGUGACGGAGUAAUGGGUGAAUAUGAACCCAAAAUCGAAGUUCAUUUCACAGAUUCAGUUCCAGCUGCAAAGGAAUCGGUGGUGAAACUGGAAUGCUUUGCCCUGGGAAACCCCGUUCCAGAAAUAAGCUGGAGGAGAACCAGCGGCAUCCCGUUCCCCAGCAAAGUGAAAAUGAAGAAUUCAAACGCUGUCCUUGAAAUCCCUAACUUCCAGCAAGAAGACGCGGGGACGUACGAAUGUAUUGCAGAGAAUCGGCGAGGCAAAAAUGCUGCACGGGGUCGUAUUUCAUUCCAUGCCAAGCCCCACUGGCUCCAGACUAUGACGGACACUGCUUUGUCCAUCGAGGAAAACCUCUUCUGGGAGUGUAAGGCCAAUGGAAAGCCUAAACCAUCCUACAGCUGGCUGAAGAAUGGGGAGCAACUGAUGGCUGAGGGCCGGGUACAAAUCGAAAACGGGGCCCUCUCUAUAGCUGCGACAAACCUGUCAGAGUCCGGGAUGUAUCAGUGUGUGGCUGAAAACAAACAUGGAAUUAUUUAUUCCGGUGCCCAGCUAAUGGUGUUAGCUUCACCUCCAAGUUUCUCCAAACGUCCAUUAAGGGCCUUGCUAAAAGCUCGCUCAGGCAGCGAAGUCACUCUUGAAUGCAAGCCUCAGGCCUCGCCCCCAGCAAUUAGCCUGUGGAAGAAAGGGAAUGAGAUCCUGCAGAGAACCGAAAGGAUUAAUUUGCUUCCAAAUGGGACUUUAAAGAUCGCCAAUGUAACCAGGCGGGAUGCAGCCAGCUACACGUGCGUUGCUAAGAAUCAGUUUGGGACAGCAAGCACAACUGGGAGGCUGCUCGUCACUGAGCCCACCAGGAUCACCAUGAGGCCUACUAACAUGGAGAUUAUUGUUGGCGAGAGCAUUGUGUUACCCUGCCAGAUUGCCUGCGAUCCAGCUCUGGAUGUUUCUUUCUCAUGGGCAUUCAACGGCCAGCUCAUCGACUUCCAGCGAGACAGCGAUCAUUUUGAAAGAGUGGGCGGGAGUAUAUCAGGGGAUCUGAUGAUUCGUAACAUCCAGCUAAACCAUGGAGGGAAAUAUGUCUGCGUUAUUGACACCGAUGUGGAGAGCCUAUCCACCUCUGCCAUCUUGGUUGUCAAAGGUCCACCAGGUCCUCCGGAUAAGGUAGCAGUGGAAGAAAUCACAGACAGCACGGCCCAGCUAUCCUGGACUCCGGGAAGGGACAAUGGCAGCCCCAUCACUGGCUACAUAAUCCAGGGCCGAACGCCCUUUACUGUGGGCUGGCAGGCUGUUGACACAGUGCCAGAGGUUGUCAACGGUAACAUGCUGACAGCCACAGUUGUUGCUCUGAACGCAUGGGUGGAGUAUGAGUUUAGGGUGGUGGCCCGCAAUACCGUUGGCCUAGGAGAGCCCAGUCCGGCCUCUGCCAAGACCAGGACAGAGGAUGCCAUUCCUGAUACAGCUCCCACUGAUGUUGGAGGUGGAGGCGGCACAAAGUCUGAAUUAGUGAUAACAUGGGAGCCUGUUCCUGAGGAACUACAGAACGGAGAGGGCUUUGGCUACAUCAUCGCCUUCAGGCCUGUGGGCACAGUCACGUGGACGCGAGCGGUUAUCUCCACGCCGGGCGUGGCACGUUACGUCUUCCGCAAUGACACCAUCCCACCCUUCUCGCCUUUUGACGUGAAAGUGGGAGCAUACAACAACCGAGGGGAGGGGCCCUUCAGCUCUAUUGCCACUGUGUAUUCAGCAGAAGAAGUCCCUGGUGUGGCUCCAAAGAGGGUUAGGACUAGAAGUGUGUCUGCAGUGCAAAUUGAAGUGAUCUGGGAAGCUCUCCCUGCCAUGCCUGAAAGAGUGCUUGGAUAUGAGGUCAUGUACUGGGAAGACGACACCAAGCCUGACACUGUUGGCAAAGUGCGCAUAUCUGGAAACUACACACUGGUUAACAUCACAGGGCUGAAUGCGAACACAGUGUACUACCUCUGUGUGGCCGCAUUCAAUACAGCUGGCCCCGGGCCACAGUCGGCGCCCAUCAACACCACCACAAAGAAACCACCUCCAGAUCGGGCUCCACUCAACAUACAAUGGACCAUGAUUGGCUCCAUACUCACGAUGCACUGGGAUCCUAUAGUAGCUUUGGAUACAGAGUCAAAGGUCACUGGAUAUGUGGUGCUGCUGAGGAGACAUCGCUACAAUGACAUCAACACUAUCUUGACCAACAAAACCACGGUGGAGCUCAGCCUCUCCGCCAAUGACAACUAUCUCAUUCAGAUCAAGGCCAUGAGUGAAGGCGGCGAAGGUGUUGCCAGUGAACCCAUCCACAUCCAUAAAUUAAGUAUGGGAGCACGGGGCUCAGGAGCAAUCCGCCUCAGCCCAUUGUACCUCUCCGCAGUCCUCAUCAACGCCAUGAUUUGCUCCGCUUGGUGAUGUCUAAUUGGAGCCUGCAAAGCGCCCUCCCUCCCCCUCUAUCCCUCCACUCAGCCUGUCCAAUGGACUGGCACAAGGCCCGGCUUCAGUGGCAAGACUGGGAAGGACUGGAAAGGACUGGACUCCGCCGAACUCUUAAAGGGACCAUGGCACUUUUUCUAAGGGCCAUCAAAUAGAGACGUGAUUAUUUGCGUGCAUGAUAUCUUUCAGAAUUUCUUCCAGUGUCAUAAGUGCCACCGUGCUCUAGGUUUUAUUUUAGAAGGUGUGAUGUCUACAUGACUUAUCUUCUUAGUAUCCCAGGAGAUACUAAUGCCUUAAAACCGAUUUUACUCAUACAGUCCAUACCAAAGUAGGAGACAGACUGCUUACAGGUUUCUUUAACCCUACAUUUAACCCCCUUGUUUUGCAAAAACAAGUACUCAUAAGAAUUAUUUUUCUCAAGAUUAACUUCCCAACACUUUAUUGACCUAUAGUCACUGGUUGCAUCCAUAUUUUACUGUCUCAAAAUUAAAUCAUAAUCUAAAUCAGUUCCAUUGACAUUUACAUCAACUAAUAUCCUCAUCACAUUUCUUUGCUGCUUUGCCAAAAGAAACAUCUAUUGCAGGCUAAACAGUUUACCAGGCUUUGUCACAUAUAUGAAAGAUACAUAGCAAAUUGAUCAACUGUGCCUCAAACCUCAGACUUAUCUCUGCAUACUGAAAAAAUAUUAGGUCUGCUCGAGAGACAGUCUCCUGAGCUUAAGGCCCUCUCUACAAACCCUAACAGAUCUUGGCAUUUUGCCAUCUCUUGCUCCUCUAAAUAAUAAAUGCGUAUCACAUUCUGCAUUCUCAGUCUAGGUAAAAAGCCGGAAUUGCAGAAGAGAGAGACGAGUGGUGUCACUAUGUCAAGCUGAUCCCAUGUGCACUGUUCCUCCUACAUUUAGACGACCUGUGUUCAAGAUUUUUAUAUCAUGUCGUGGGACAUGGAUCAUCUACUCUCCAUAUGACCAACUGGCCCAGUGCACAAUGGACUACAGGAUACCAGUGCCUUCACUAGAGCUCACUCCAAUUUCUUUCUUUUCAAAUAGCUUAGGGGAAAGAUUCAUGUUGCAGAAGAGCCAUUGUUUGCUUUCCUUUCUGAAAAAAUAUGUUAGGAUGAGAGGAAACUCAGAAUGUUGAGGGAGCCCAUUAUUGGGAUGGGUAUGUUAAUUAAAUUUUCAUUGAGAAAAGUACACCAGGGUCAACUAAAACAAAAAGCGUUAGAAGCUUUAGGAAAGCCGCAAUGGAUUGAGAUGGAUUGCCGAAAUUUUGAACCCAGUAUUUAUGGACUCUGGUAUAAUAAAUGUUUGACUACAUCCGACGCAUAAUUUAUAUGCUAUUAAGGCAUGAGAGUAAUUGAUGCCAAUACUGCGGUGAAAGUGCUCUGACUGGAAAUGGAGCGAAAGGCAUGGCUGUCAUUUUACCCCCACCCCAUUACGGUCUAUCGGACACCUACCGGACUGAAUAGUAACAAAAGAACAUUGCUACUCUGCUGAGGGAGCUACUUUUCAAGCCCUUUUAUCAUGUGGAUGAGUCUGUCAAAAGCCACCCAAGAAUGAGCCCAGGUGCGAUUACUGGGGUCCUGACAAUGGUCGUGUGGAUGUGGAAGGAUACAGUGAACUGAACUGCUACACAUUACUGUGCCUUUGCCGAACAUCGGGGCUGUGUAUGGUCAUUAGCUCAGAGGUUGUCGUUGUCUGUAUUUUGCACUCUCUUCCCCCUAUCUUCCCCAAAGUCGAAUGAAAGCACAAGGAAUUGAUGCAAGGUGACUGGAUGUCCUCACUUAGGCGUCUGAACAGGUGUGCAGACCCCAGAGGCCUCAUAAAAAGUCCAAACGGCCGACAUAAUCAGGCUGUCCUAUCUGCUCCUUGAAUGGUUUCAUAAAGCUCUGUGCUAUUUGAAUAGGCUGCUGCAGACCAGUCAAUGAGAUAUUGAUUUUUCUGCCCCAUUAUUACAGCUGUCACCAUUCAAAUGCUUGAUUGACUGAUGGCCGUGUUCUUAUUGCACUUGUUCUGUUGUGAUACAGUCAUUGAUGUCUGACUUUAUCAGAACAAUUCAUAGGCAUUAUCUUUUUCUGUUGUGUUUUGGUUAGCAUUGUCUAGAAAUUUCACUGUAUUUGCUCAACUGUUCACAGCUUUUACAAGUAUUUUGUAGUGUAGUGGUAGAUUGUGAUUUUGAAUUGAAGCAGUGUCCUGAAAUUGAUUGGCUGGUUUAUUAUUUUUAGUCGAAGUACUACUGUAUCUUUCUUCUCAGCAGCAUAAACGCCCAGUCACACCAGCAUUUAAAACAGUUAAAUUUCAUAGCAAAAGCAGUUCAUUUCAAUGUAAUUUCUGCAAUCAGCAGACGCCCUUAUGAAGAGAAGUAAAUCUGUAUAAAUGUAUACUUUGGGUGGACUUUCUUGUGCCAUUAACCAUUAGCAAAACGUCGUCACAAACCGAAUAAUCCAAAAUGGAGGAAGCUAACAUAGCUUAUUUGCUGUGUUCACAAAAAAAGCAACCUUUAUAACAAGUUAUGAGAAAGGUUUUGGUAGUACAAAUAUGUCUAUGGAAUAAACUCUGUGAACUUAAUGGCCUAAUAUUUACCAAGCUAAUGGUCUUUCUAACUAAAAGUGAGCAAGCUAGCUAGCUUGGAGAGCUUUAUUUUUUAGUGAUAAAGAAGAAAAACACUGACUAGCACUCACAUGAUCCCGGCUGUUCAGCGCAUUUAGCUGUUGGCUCAACAGUUCCAAUAGUUCACAAACUAGCCCUGCAAAUAUCCACUACAGUUUGUCCCCAAUCCUCCUGCAGCGUCUGUUUCCCAGACACAUGCAGAUGACUAUUGCUGCACUUUCUUUUGUGAGAGGGCCUCAAAGCAGCUUGUGUGUGCAAAUACUUGAUCCAAGUGGUAUUAAUAGUUCUGUUCAUAUCCAAACAAGGUAACGCUAUUGCAAGAGGUCAGACUUAUAGGGUAUUAAUUUACAGUUUUUCAAUGUGAGGUAGUUUCUCAGUUUUCUUUAUUUUUACAUACAGUAGUUGUAACUCAGCCUAAUGUUCCUUACAUCUGCUCAUGCUCAUUUAGGAAUACAAAACUAUUGUUGCUGGCCUUGUGCUUUAAUAAAUACUACAAAGUACAAUCUAAAGGAAAUGAUCAGAGCCAUCCGCUAGAAUUGUUCAAUUGUAUUGAUCACAGAACCACAACAUAUCUAUUUGUAUCCACAAAGUCUGUUUGGUUAGAUUGGUUUCUGUGGUUGUUGUUGCUAGAAGGAGUGUAUCGCAUGUAAAUAGCUUGCAUACAUUUUUUAAACAAGGCCAUCAAAGACAACCUCACUGCUUUUAUAUAGUGUGUUCUCCGACCUUAAUACUGGUGUAUUAAUCAAUGAUCUCUGUGAGAUACUGACAUGUAGAGUGGCAUUUUCAUAUUGAAAAGUAACUGUUUUGUCUUGUAUACUAAAAUUGUGCAUGUUAA